UUUUGCAUGGAGACUGAAACAUUGUCUGUAAAGAAGAAAAUUGGUAGGAGAAAUCCAUAGAAAACACUGUCCAGAUUUGAGCACAUUGCCUAAAUUGAUAUUAAAUUUAUUCAUACAGAAAAUUCAUUUUCAAAGGAGCUUACACAUGAAAUCUGAUGAAGUACUCUGCAGCUUUACAUAAUAUGACACUUCCGUCAGUGUUAGUAGAGUAGCUUGGAAUGUGGCAUACUCUGCAGCUGUACAUAAUAUGACACUUCCGUCAAUGUUAGUAGAGUAUCUUGGAAUGUGGCAUACUGUGCAGCUGUUCAUAAUAUGACACUUCCAUCAGUGUUAGUAGAGUAGCUUGGAAUGUGGCAUACUCUGCAGCUGUACAUAAUAUGACACUUCCAUCAGUGUUAGUAGAGUAUCUUGGAAUGUGGCAUACUGUGCAGCUGUACAUAAUAUGACACUUCCAUCAGUGUUAGUAGAGUAUCUUGGAAUGUGGCAUACUCUGCAGCUGUACAUAAUAUGACACUUCUGUCAAUGUUAGUAGAGUAGCUUGGAAUGUGGCAUACUGUGCAGCUGUAUAUAAUAUGACACUACCAUCAGUGUUAGUAGCGUAUCUUGGAAUGUGGCAUACUGUGCAGCUGUACAUAAUAUGACACUUCCAUCAGUGUUAGUAGAGUAUCUUGGAAUGUGGCAUACUGUGCAGCUGUACAUAAUAUGACACUUCCAUCAGUGUUAGUAGAGUAUCUUUGAAUGUGGCAUACUGUGCAGCUGUACGUAAUAUGACACUUCCAUCAAUGUUAGUAGAGUAGCUUGGAAUGUGGCAUACUGUGCACCUGUACAUAAUAUGACACUUACGUCAUUGUUAGUAGAGUAGCUUGGAAUGUGGCAUACUCUGCAGCUGUACAUAUAAUGACACUUCCUUCAAUGUUAGCAGAGUAUCUUGGAAUCAAAAGAUAAUCACCUUUGUUUAAUUUUCUUCUUUGUAGAUACAUAGUCAGUAUGUGUGGUGAUGGAGCCAAUGACUGUGGGGCCCUGAAAACUGCUGAUGUUGGAAUCUCAUUGUCUGAGGCAGAAGCAUCAGUGGCUGCCCCUUUCACUUCCAAAAUUUCGAACAUAGAGUGUGUGCCAAUUAUUAUCAGAGAGGGACGUUGUGCCUUAGUGACCUCAUUUUCCAUGUUUAAAUUCAUUGCUCUCUAUAGCCUCAUUCAGUUUAUCUCAGUGCUCAUCGUGUACAGUAAAUAUAGUAUCAUGGCUGAUACUAUGCUUCUGUGCAUUGAUCUGGGAAUCAUCACAACCCUUGCCGUUGUCAUGAGCAACACAGCAGCCUACCACAAGUUAGCAUCCAAGCAACCUCAGGGAAGUAUGGUCAGCUUGACCAAUAUCACAUCACUGAUUUUACAGAUUCUGGUGGUGGGAGGAGUCCAGCUGGGAGCUCUUAAUCUCUUAGAACAUCAGCAAUG